AUGUUCUCGAGUUCUGCGACGAAAGUGUUUGGAAUGGAAGCUCAACAACUCGGCGAGCUGAAGGAAGCUGACAAGGACGCUUAUGAUAGAGUGUUGACGGACAUUUGCUUCAAAUAUUAUAACUGGCGAAUAAACGCGAAACCGAGCACUUUCAAUGAUGAGACGCGAAUGCGCUAUUCCGUCCUUGGAUGUGAUCCAGUACCCUAUGAUCGGUAUAUUUCUCACUUGGAACAAACCUUGGAAAAGCUGGAACAAUUGGAAUGUUAA